UAAGUUCUCAUCUUCCUCAACAUUCUCACCUCAGUCACUCUCUGGGCCCUCGACGUAGGCUUGAACACAAUCGUCGACCAAGUCUUAGAAGACAGGCGUCCCAGGUCGUCGAAGACAUUGACAAGAUCCAUCAGGUCAUCACUUCCUUCGAAGGAUGGUCCCAGCCAUAUCAACACUUGUCUUGCUUUGGAGUACAGUUCUGAAUUCGGCAGACUUGGUGCGCUUUCUCUUGCGCAUCAUCCUGGUUGGUACAGAUCUGGUCUAUCCAGAGCCACGGGUCGUCUUCCUCCCUGCGCGCUUCACAAAGGAAGUCGUACAGGUUUUGACGGAUGUUAAAGACACCCUCCACAGAUCCACCACCGAAGAUACAUGUCGUAAUUUGAGCUUUCCGGUUCACUGCCUGUAAAGCAUGUCCCAUUCCAGUUUCAGACUUGCAAGACCAUGUCUCACAAUUGCAAGUUGAGACGAUCGUGCCUCUGACUCGGGC